GGGAAACGCUUCGCAACUUUUCUCUUAGAAAACGUAUCAUACGAUGGUCUUGUAAGUAGCAUAAGAAAGAAUUGUUCUUCCUUGGCUCACCUGGACGCAGACAAGAUUAGACUUCGCUACCGUGACGAGGAUGGCGAUAUGGUCGAUGUUUGUCAAGCAGAUUUGUUUGCGUUCUCGGAAAUGCUUCGCACGUCCAAAGAAGUGAAAGACCGCGACUACAAGAAAAUAUUCAUUCAAGCUAACGAAAUUGACUCUCCGUGCCCGCGCAAAAUGAAGCGAGUAGAUUCUGGCGUGGAAAAUUCAAGUACCGGCGACGAACUUAGUUGUUUAGAACCCAAACAACUGUCAUUUUAUGCGCCAACUUUUCCGUCAGCAAGUUUCACUGAAGACGCGCGAGCGAGUCCCACAUCAGUUCAAAAUGACCAGCAAAGAUGUAGCCCGUUAGAUUCAAGCAACAGGAAAUGAAAGACAGUCUUACUGUUUUGCAAGUGCAGAUAGUUACUGCAAAGGAAGCACUUCAAAAACUUAAUCAGCUAGAGAACGAGUACGUGACACUCUCAAGU